UCCAGUUCCAAACAAAAUAUCUUGCUGCGAACGUGUGAUUGACCUGUAAAACGUCUCAGAGUGAAACCAGUUUAAAUUGAUAUUAAUCAAAGAUGAGUUCUUCAAGAAAGCACGCAAUGUCCGACCAGGAACGGUUAGAACUGGCUGCUAAGUUAGAUAAAGAUCUUGAUCAAUUCAUCGGCUCAUUGGAAAAAAAACGUUACACGGAAGGAUGGCCGGAAGACAGAUGGGAAGAGGAAAUGGCAAAACAUCCGUUUUUCUCGCGCAAAGCACCUGAACCCGGCGAAGAAUUGAGUCCACUGAUGGAGGGAUUACAACAGUUGAAAUAUGAUCCCGAAGAAAAUACAGCUCAAGAACUAGCCGAAGCUUACAAGGAUGAUGGUAAAUUCUAUAUGCAACACAAACAGUUCCGAAUGGCGGUGCUAAGCUACACAGAGGCUUUGAAUUUCAAGGUUUCCGAUGCAGAGUAUAGGGCCGUUUUGUACAAUAAUCGAAGUGCUGCAAAUUUCUUCAUUAAGAAUUACCGAUCAGCAAUGCUGGAUGCUCAAAAAGCCAUUAAACUAAAACCAAACUACUCCAAAGCCCGUUGGAGGGUGGCACAAUGCGCUAGUUUGUUGGACAAAUUGGAGCUUUGUGUGGAAACCUGCGAUGAAAUAUUGAAAAACGAGCCGAUGAACACCCAGGCACUAGAACUAAGAAAAAUCGUGCUCUCAAAAAAGGCUAAAACGGAACGUGACGCAAGGAAAGCUUCGCAGAUACAUCGGAAAAAGAUUGACGAGCUUGAGAAAACAAGGGAACAACUGAGACAACGUGGAGUCAAAUUCGAAGAAAAAGACGCAUUGACGAACGAGGAAAGAUUAAAACCGAAGUUGCUACCAUUGGAGAAUUUUAUGGUCAAAGCAGAUAGCAAUGGAGUGCUCCACUGGCCUACCGUAUUCUGUUAUCCACAAUUUUUGAGUACAGAUUUCCAGCAACAACUAUCCGAGGAGUGCACCAUGGAAGAAGUACUAUUAAACUUGUUUGAACAACCCUUGGAACUCGAUGAAGACAGCACUUACGUUCCUCAUAAAUUGAACGUUUACUACGAGAAUCGUAUCGCCGGAUCGGUGCGAAAAAUCGACGUUCGGAAAACCAUCAAAGAGAUUCUGAAGGAAAAAACAUUUUUCGUAUACGAUGGAACCCUAACAUUUUUCAUUCUACCAAAAGGAUCGAUACAUGAGACUGAGUUUUUGAACCAGAAACGGAUUCCGCUUAGAUUAGCUGAAGGUCUCUAAACCAAUUCAAUCAAAAUAUACGCAAUUUACGAGG